AUGGCCAGAGCUGAUAGCAACAAGUCCCAGCAGUUGGUUCAGGAGGAGCAGUCAUCUUACACCGGAAGUACGUUGGGUCCUCCCCUUCCAGCAAGCGAUGACAAGCAGAAAAUUCUCGGAAUCUUAUGGGAUUCUUACGAGGACAAUCUUAUUAUUGAUAUCAAGGAUGUUGCAGAUUUGGCGCAGAUGGUUCAAGCUACGAAGAGAAAGGUGAUCAGUGUUUCUUCCAAGAUUUAUGAUCCUAUGGGGUUUAUAUCCCCAUUGACAAUCAAUUUCAAGCUGUUGUUUCAAGAACUUUGUCUGGCGAAGGGUGACUGGGACCAUCCACUUGAAGGAACACUGAAAUGCAAUUGGCAGAAAUUAGUUGAUAACCUAAAGGACGUCCAACCUGUUGUUAUUCCGAGAUGCUAUAUUUCUGACAUACACGAGCAAGUUGUAUCCUACGAGCUUCACGGGUUUUGCGAUGCCUCUAUCAAAGCAUAUGCUGCCGUAAUAUACCUCAGAAUCAUCACACCAAAUGCCUCUUAUGUCCAGUUGGUGAUAUCGAAGGCAAGAGUGGCACCCUUAACUAAACAAACGAUCCCAAGGUUGGAGUUACUAUCAGCGCUCGUGCUUGCCAGAUUAAUGAACUUUACUCGGAAAGCCCUGAAGUCUGUGAUUGAAAUCUCGAAGGUGCAAUGCUGGACGGAUUCUAAGGUUGCAUUAUAUUGGAUUACGCAGCAAGAGAAGGAAUGGAAACAAUACGUACAGAGUCGAGUGGAAGAGAUUAGAGUGCUGGUUCCUGUAGAGUAUUGGAGUCACUGCACAGGUGCAGAAAACCCCGCAGACAUUCCGUCACGUGGUAUCCUGCCUACUCAACUAGCAUCAUCUACAUUGUGGUGUUCUGGCCCAAAAUGGUUGUCCGCCAAAGAGAGCCCUGCUAAAGAGAACAUUAAUAACGAUGUUGUACCUGAAGAGUGUCGAAUUGAGAUGAAGGUCAAGGACCAGAGAGCUUUAGACAAAGAGACACUUUCAACGAUGAUAGUGCAUGGAUCGAAAAAUUCCAUAAGCAAUGUUAUUAACUGUAAGGACUACAGUAUCCUGGGUCGUUUGCUAAGAGUAACGGCUGUUGUCUUGAAGUUCAUCAAGCUACUAAAAUCGAGAGUUAAACAGGAAGAUCCUCCAACAAACUCGGAAGUUACAAGCACCGACAUCGAAUUAGCUCGAGUUCUAUGGAUCAAGGAACUGCAGGAAGAAAUGAAGUUGAACGAGAAUUUCAAAUCCUGGAACCGAGACCUCGGCCUGUUCACUGAUGAAAAUGGAACCGUCCGAUGUAAGGGACGACUAUCUAACUCAAACUUGCCAUAUUCAGCAAAGUAUCCAAUCCUGUUAGAUACGGCUCAUUACCUCACCACGCUAAUCGUACGGGAUUGUCACGAGCUGGUAAUGCAUGGGGGAGUAAAGGCAACAUUGACAAAACUUCGGUCGAAAUUCUGGUUAGUCUGUGGAAGGAACUUUGUAAGAAAACUCCUCUUCAAUUGUGUCACCUGCAAGAAGCAAGAUGGUAGAGCAUACAAGGCACUUAACUCUUCGCCAUUGCCGGAGUUUAGAGUAAAGGAAGCACCACCGUUUACGUACGUUGGCUUAGACUACGUCGGUCCUUUAUAUGUGAAAUCUACGAACGAUUUAGACCAGAAAGCAUGGAUUUGUUUGAUUACCUGCUGUGUUUCUAGAGCGGUACACCUUGAAGUUGUUCCCAACAUGAAAUCACAAGCCUUCCUGAGAGGAGUUUUAGGAGAUUUACGUCACGACGUUCGACGCCAUUGCUUGUCGUUUCGGACAACGCGAAAACCUUUAAGGCUGCGUCCAAAGAGUUAAUGACACUCAUGCGUGAUCCUCAAGUGAAGAAAUAUUUCUUGCAGCAACGAAUGCAGUGGUCGUUUAAUCUGGAGAAAGCCCCGUGGUGGGGAGGUUUCUUUGAGCGGCUUGUGGGAUCAUUGAAACGAUGUUUGAAGAAAACCAUCGGAAAGGCAAGAUUGUCUUAUGACAAGCUAGUUACAGCUGUCACGGAAGCAGAAUCGAUCCUGAACAGUCGACCCUUAUCCUAUGUAUCCUCCGAGGACGUCGAGGAACCCCUCACCCCAGCCCAUCUUCUGAGCGGAAGACGGAUCCUGAGUUUACCUGAUCGUCAUCAAGAGAACCCUGAAGAUGAAGAUUUUCAAGUCGACCUAUCGACGAAUGACCUCAACAAACGAGUUCGCUAUCUAAAUGACAUUAUUGAACACUUUUGGCGAAGAUGGCGGAACGAGUAUUUGGUAGAGCUGAGAAAUGCACAUAAGAGUCCCAAGAAAACAGUAGAGAAAUCUUCUGUGGAAGUUGGAGAUAUAGUACUAGUUCACGACGAGAACCAUCCGCGUAGUUUCCGGAGAAUUGGAAGAAUAAAGGAACUUGUCAAUAGCACGGCUGAUGGGAAAUCGAGAGCCAGAGGUGCAGUUGUACAAGCCAUGAGCAAGAAAGGGAAAGUUACUACAUUAAGGCGUCCAUUACAGCUGUUAUAUCCUAUGGAGAUUAACUGUAAACUUGCGAAAGUGUUAUAUAAUUAA